AGGGGGACAAAGGCACGACAGCUGAGAGCUUCGUAUCCGGCUAGAGCAGCAGUGGCAAAGAAUACAGCAGCAGUCCUGUCGCCGGGUGGCCUCUGCUGGAGCUUUCUGAGCAGCAGCCGGAGUGGUGGCGUGGCUCCGUCGGAUGCUCCUUCUUCCCCGGAGUUUGCUCGCAGUAGUAGCCUCUUCUUAGCGGACUCGACGGGGUGGGUCGGUCAUGGUUACCCUCCACUUGUGGGAUCACCUGAGGGCUGGCAGCUCCGAGCUGGACUGGUGUGAGGAUAACUACACGAUUGUGCCCAUCAUCGCCGAGUUCUACAACACGAUAAGCAACAUCUUAUUUUUUGUUUUGCCACCCAUAUGUAUGUGCUUAUUCCGACAAUAUGCCACCUGCUUCAACAGCGGAAUAUAUUUAAUAUGGACCCUGCUAGUGGUUGUUGGAAUUGGAUCGGUCUACUUCCAUGCUACUCUUAGCUUCCUGGGUCAGAUGCUCGAUGAGCUCGCUAUACUCUGGGUUAUGAUGUGUGGUCUGGCUAUGUGGUUUCCCAGAAGGUAUCUACCCAGGAUUUUUAGGAAUGACAGGGGCCGGUUUAAAGCAGCAGUGGGCAUCCUUUCUGGCGUCACUACCUGCCUUGCCUUCAUUAAGCCUGCCAUCAAUAACAUCUCACUGAUGACGUUGGGUCUUCCCUGCGGUGCACUGCUUAUUGCAGAGCUUAAAAGGUGUGACAAUGUGCGAGUGUACAAGCUGGGACUCUUUUCUGGUCUUUGGUGGACGCUGGCACUCUUUUGUUGGAUCAGUGACAAAGUGUUUUGUGAGAUCUGGUCGUCGUUUAACUUUCCGUAUUUGCACUGUGUAUGGCACAUCCUCAUCUGCAUUGCUGCUUAUCUGGGCUGUGUCUGUUUCGCCUACUUUGACGCUGUCUCGGAGAUCCCUGAACAAGGUCCUGUCAUUAAGUUCUGGCCCAGUGAGAAGUGGGCUUUCAUUGGGGUUCCUUACGUCACCCUCCUCUGUGCUCACAAGAAAUCACCAUUGAAGAUCACAUGAAAAUUUCAGUAGGUGGACAGAAGCCAAUGGAACCAUAGAUACGUAUUUUCCUCCCUUCUUCUGCAAACUGUGUGGUAGCCAUGAGGACCGUUAUUUCUGACUUGCAAGCCCGCCAUGCGUGCAAUGGGAUCAGGAGGAAACAGCAAGACAUCUCCUGUGCAGCCCUUCCUUGGGCUCCUAAAAUCCCCGUUUGUUUUGGAAACUCUGGAGCUUUCCUAUUAAACAUCUGAAUUAGUGCUGGUUUGAUUUUUUUGUUUUGCAGACUUCCUAUAGUGUUCUCCAAAUGCGUUCCCUGGAUAGAAGAAGACGUACUGGGAGAUGC